CCACCAGCACUUACUGGCAUUCACCACUAGCCCACGUACUAACACCGCAGCACUUCAGCACUUCUAACAGCCGCGAGAGGAAGGCACGGAUGCCGCGUGCCUGUGGCAAGCUGGGUCAGUCACUAGGCUACUCCCAGGUUAGGUUUUAUGGCUGAGCGCGGCUCAGUCUGAGUCCGGCACGCAAGCGGCCUGCACGAACAUGGGCUGCGCCAGCACACAAGUGACCACCGGCAAGUCCCCAAUCCAGCGCCGGCAAGGCGUGAGAAGUGGCACAGUGCACCAUGCAGUGGGUGUAUGGGUGCGAGGGCGCCUAGGCCUGAGUGACUUCACCGGUGCUCGCUUGCGCGGCAGCCAGGUCGAAUCCGAGCGCCCUCACAACAACAUCCGCCGUCGGAGUAAUGUCGCAUCCGAGUCAACAAACGUGCCUCGUCCCGUGGGCUCUCAGAACGACAGCAUUUCACACUCACAUAGUUGCGCACUACUUGUGCCGGCACUCCUACUCGUAGCACAUGCCGAGCCAAACCUUCGCAAUUUUCCACCGCUUCCUCCAAGUCGAAGCUGGUGACAAAGCUGAAUAGCGGCAUUAUUAUCAAUGACUUCAAGGCUAAGGAUGCAAGCUCACCUAGGCUGGAGCCUUUUCUUCAGAACUCAGCGCGCAAGCUUGUUUUUGCUUGGAACAACAACUCGAGAUAGUAACGCAGUAGUUUCUUGUAGCUCUUGCAAUGGAGGUUUUGCUGGGCACGAAACCCUGCACACUGUCUUCGGGUUGGACCCCGUGCGGUAAACAACAAUUGGACAAUGGGCAACUGGCACACACGAGGCGCGGAUCCGUCUCAGCAGUAUGCUGAACAGCUCAUACAGCCUGCUUUGGACUCACCUCCACCCCUGGAUGAACUUCAAAAGUUCAUGGAGGAGGCGCCUGUCGCUCAAAUCCCCAUCACUGUGGAUUUUCAAAACAUGGUCAUACUGCCGCCGGCAAUCGCGCAGCACUUCACUGCCGCCCGGGGCGAGCUCGCCUGUGCUGUGGGGCACAGCCUGGCGUCGCCCCUGCCCCCCGAAGGUUCGGAGCUCUGCACAGCCCUCAUGGAGCACGCCGUGGUUGUGUCACUGCUGCUGGCGCUCGAUGGCGCGUUGCCGUCACGUCUCCGCAUCGGGUUGAAGAUGGAGCGAGACAAGCAGGACACCACCUCUCUCAUGACCAUCAAGUCGAUGGGCGGCACGUCCCUGCGGCCGGAUGGAGUCUUGCGGACGAGCAGCGGCCGGCGGCUGUUGGUGAAAUGGGAGGACAAGGCAGCAAGCAUGGAAGCGGCAGUCGAGGAUCUGCGCAAGAAGACCGCGGCCUGGACGCCGCUGUACUACGGCGAGUAAGUGUACCGGUAGGGCAGAUGGAGUGCCGUGCAUUGGACGGAUGCUUACUUACUUGUGGUACCUGAUCACGCAGUGGGCGUGGGUUUCGGGCUAUCUUUGGUGCCCUGGGGUUGUCAAGGCACAUGCACCA